GGUUAAAUUCAUAAGAGCCAGGAGCGCGCUGCUCUUUCUUAACUGUGCUUACAUGAUAGUGACUUUUCUGCUGAAUCUGUGCCGCGAUUUCUUCCAAGUGAAAAAAUUCGAGUGUCGUAAUUAUUCGUGACGGAUCAUUGGUGUUCCUGAGUUCUCGCAGAUUAAAGGACGAAACAGGCGGGACAGAGACGGCGAGAAUUCAUUGGUUUCUUUUUUUCGAUUCCAUAAUUCGAACGCAUGGUGCUCCUGGACUCUUUUUUCGGACUUUUAUUACAAUCCACUGCCAAAAUAAGGGCAGCCUGGUGACAGUGAUGAGUGUUUCUUUGCUUGUGUUCGUCGAAGCCGUUGUCGAGGCUUACGUGACUGUGACCGUGACUGCUGUGCCGCCGCCACCGCGAUGUGCUUCGCAAGCUCGGCCACCAAGGAGAUGCUGAAGACGUGGCACACGGAUUCGUUUAAAUGGUGGCUCUAAGGGGUCUCAUUGGAAAGCAUGAGGGAAAGAACGCCCUCUGCCGACGAUACCCCGAAGAGGGCUCCACCAGCUCCACCCAGAGAAGCGGCCUCGGCGGAUGUAGCUGGUAGCAAGACGAACAGCGAGACGGCAGAAGUUUUCGCCGUGGCUAAGUUCCCCUCGGCCGCGGCAUCGUCGUCCACGACGACCCCACCGUCAUCCUUGUCGAGCGUGGACGCCAGGAUGGUUGCCUCCGCCCACAAUCUCGACGAUCCGACCGCGGGCCAUCCGGCGAACGUGAACGGCGACCGCCAACAGCAACAGCAACGCGAGGAGAAGCACGGCCACGUGUACAGAUCGGCGCAGCAGACCGCCCAGGACAAGAGGAGCAGGCUCAGCAACGUGAUCAACAAUCUUAGGAAAAAGGUUCCCGACUCGAGGAACGGGGAGUCGGCUGGGAAGAAGGAGGAGGACGACAGGAACAGCGUGGAGAGGAACCUCGAGACCCUGGAAAAGUACGUGAUGACGGUGUUGAACGGUGUGAUCAAGGACGAGGAGAAUGACAGAGAGGUAAGUAAGAAGAAGGAGGCCGAGAAGAAGAAGGAAGGCGACAAGUUGGCCGAGGAUCGGGAAGAGGACGAGGAUCCGAAGGGUUUGGCCGCCAAGUUCGAACCCUCGAAGCCUAACGAGAGCAGGACAGAGGCAGCCGUCUUCCUCGCGGACAAACCCGACAAACCUGACAAGGAAUUCUCUUUGGAGCUUCGUAAAAUUGAUGCGAGAGGCGAGAACUCUUCGAGGAGCGAAGAGUCGGUUUGCGCGGCGUGGAAGGAGAAAAGCCAGGAGAAAAGCCUCCUCCUCCUGUCCGAGGAUGCGUCAGGGAAGGAGAAGGAGCCCUCUAAGAGAGGGGAAGAGGAGGAUAACGUUUGCAUAGGUAACGACAAGUGUUCCCCCUGUAAGGAGAUAAAGUGCGAGGAGCAGUCUGUCCAAGAGGCAGGGAGGAAUGAUAAUCAGGAAGAGGAGAGGAGAGAGAAUCGUUCCCUGGGAACGAUCAUUAUGGAGAGAUUGAGCGAGAACUUGUCGGAUGGUGGAAACGUGGAAGGGAGCUUGGUGGAUGAUGCGAAAGAUGACGAAUUGGUCUCUGACAACGUCGAGUUGAGAAACGUGUGCAGAGAUUUGUUGAACGAUCUGUUGAACGAUAUCAAUCAAUUGAUCGACGAGAACAGGCGGAGUAAAGAGGAGACGAAGGCGCGGUUGGAAGGCAUCGAGGAAUCCAAAGAUUCGUCCAGGAUUCAAGAUUUCGCUAUGACGAGUCUUCAUUGUAGUCUGCCCCUGGAUAAAGUGGCCUCAGUGUUGCAGAAUUGUCAGACGAGCGAAUUGGCUGCUCCUCAAUCGCCUUCUUCUUCUUCUUCUUCUUCUUCCUCCUCUUCCUCUUCUUCUUCUUCUUCUUCUUCCCAGGGCUCCAAGUCUCCCAGCAAACCAUCCUCUCCCACCGUCAGACAUCUCUGCUUGUACUGUGAUCGCAAGUUCAUGUCGAUAUCCCUGAGGCAACGGCACACCGAGAGAGUUCAUCAGCAAGGGGGCGGCAGAAGGUCGGAAAGGAACUCGAGGAAACCGUCGCAGAACUGCCAGUAUUGCUCUGAUAGAUGCGCGGAAAGCUUGGAAGGUCUGUUCCAGCACAUGAUCGGCACCCAUGGAGACAAGUACCAUGCUUGUUUGCAGUGCUCUACCAGGUACCUAACCAGGGAGGCUCUAGCAGUUCAUAUGAACGAGAAUCACGGUGUGAAUCUCGCGGAGAGGAAUCUUCAAAUUCAGUCCCUUUCACAGGAGAAGUUGAAGGAAUCCUCUUCCCCCUGCAAGGAGCUAGGCAACCAAAGUCCCCACGACAGGGCAGAUCCGUCGAACCACCCCAAAGAGAGAAGAGGCGAGGAAACUGAUCACGAACACCGAGCGGAAACCAGUUUGCUGAAACCAAUGCACCCGGUGAAAGACAACUUCAGCAAUCCGGGGAGCCCGGAGUUCGACAGUUCCUUUUACAGCAGCGUGAGUUGCAACAUCCGGGAGAAUCUUCUUCACCAUUUGGAUGGAAAACUUCAGAGCUCGUCGUCUGCUAUAGCGUCCAACGGUGUGUCGAUAACAGAGGCGAAACCUCAGCAGCAACAAUCACAGCAACAACAGUCCUAUUACGAGCACAACGUUAAUCAGAUACAAUUCCCGAUAGAUAUAUCGUUAACAGCCGCGACACCGGUUUAUUCGAAGGAAUACAGUAGCGAGGAGUACGAGAAUAAUAGCGAGUACGCCCAGAAGCCUGGUAAGAGUAAUAGGUCCCAUCCUAGGCGAGUGUCUUUCGAGAAGUACAACUUUCCUAGGAAAUACGACGGGAAAGAGCAAUGGACCUGCUCGAUAAAAGAUCUCAGCAAGUUUGAUAUAUCCACUCAAUUGACACUGAGGAAGAAACAACAGUUGCUCAAGGAGCGUAUAAGUCUAAACAGAUUGCAUCAGCUCACCCUUCUUGGACCUUGCGAGAUCGUCCAGAACGAACAGAAUCACGGCUCUAAAAGUCUCGAUAUAUCUAACAAUUCGGGAAUAGUUGUCGUUAACGAUCCAGAUAUUGAACAGACAUCCCGUUGCGAAGCUUUGAAAUCGUCGAUGGAGAACAAACACGAAUGUUCCGAAGUGAAAUCGCUUCAGGGUACCGAGUUCACUGUAGAAUUUGGCAACUUUUUGAGGUUAAGGAAAUGGGACGAGAAGAUGACUAUCGAGGCUGCCAAAAAUCAGGAAGUUGUUUACGCCGAGUUGACAGGGGAAUGGUCGAGGCCGAGGGUCUACAUCUGCGGCGCCUGCGCUUCCAAACAUGUAACCUUGAAAGAUAUGGAGGACCACAAAGCGAUGACUCAUCCAAAUGUCUGGUGUUCGCAUUUCGAGUUCUCCGGUGAUCAAAGAGAACUCUAUAAACAUUUGUUUCUACCAGGAAAGGAUAUGCCUACAGCAAAAGCAAGAACGGCUAUUUUACCAGAAAAGGUGUGCACUAAGUGUUCAAAGAACUGUACGACUUUACCAGAGUUGCAUAGGCAUAUGUUGGAGUGUGGAGGAGAUCAAGCUUGGUUAUUAGGAUUGUUCGGCAAUGGAAAGAAAAAGUGCAAGUGGAGACCGUUUGGAAGUCGUAGUAGAAGACGAAGGCAGCGUGGCAUGAAAAGAAACAUUCAAAAUUCUCAAACUCCAAGGGUGAAUACUCCUAAAGAAAAACAACCCACGGGACCGAGAGUUAGACCCAGUGAUAGGGAAAGCAUACAAAAGAUGUUGGCCAACUUACCUCCAAAAAGAGCUACCAGAAAAGUGUUGCAAGACAAUACAUUGAAGACACAGGGUAGACUACGUACUGCGCAAACCGGGAGAACGAGGCCGCGAAUGGUCGGCGAUAAUUCAACCGCUUCCCGUAUGUCCCGGAACAAGGCCGUCCUGAGGAACAAGCUGCUGAAGAACGCCAAGUCGAUCCAACGGAAUCGUUGCCGGAUCGACAACAUAUCGGCCGUCAUCGAGAGCGUGGUGAGAAAUUACACGCCUCGCGACGAGAGGAGGUCGGGCGACAAGUUGGAGGAUGUCGCGAGGGAGGGAGGAGGGAUGACCGUUGAUAGGAAAGAAACCAAAGAGAGGGAUUCCAUCGCGUUGGAUGCGUGCACCAACGCCAUUGCUCCGGACGAGACGAGGGGCGGCAGAGGUAAUAAAGUGGCGAGGGGGCCGAGGGUGUUGGGCAAGAGAAGGAACGUGAGGACGAAGGAGAUGGCGAAACUGAGUGCUUUGGAUCAAGCUAAGAGGACUGGCAACCCCUUCAAGGCGUCCAAAUCGUCGUCCAGAGCAGCUUCCUCGAGGAAUCUCACCUCGGAAACGAAGGGAGAGCCGGGUUGCGAGGCCGCGAAACCAACCUCCUCNUUGAACGCCUCCAUCAAGGCCAAGUCCCAGCUGAGGACCCAGGAUGGGAAAUUCGCGAGGAAUCCCAACAAGGAGUUCCUGUCCCCUGUUGUUCACAAACCGCCCGCUGAGAUGAGGUGUCCCGUUUCCGGCCGGUUGACGGCGAAGCUGAGGAACGGCGAGGCAGGGGGAGGAGGGGGGCAGCAGGAGUCGUCCGUCACGAGGCCGAAAUUGAGGGAGAUGUUCAAGAGCGGCAAGGAUGGCAACGAGCAACAGGUGGCGGCGCCGAAGAGGAUCACGAGGCUCUCCUCCGACAGCGACAAGAUGCCCACGUUGGAACCCGCCGUUCUCCAAGCGUCCUCCAACUCGUCCAACUUGGAGGAGUACUCGGAGGCGUCGACCAACGUGGAUCUACCGAUCCUGUCCCCGGCCACCGCCACCUCAGGCCAGGAGAAAGUAAGUCUGCCGCGUGGCAAGGGUGCGAUUGUUGGCAGCAGGAACUUGGGCGGAGGGAGAAGCUCGGAGGAAGGCGAGAGAAUGGGGAUUGAAGGAAGAGGCAGGGAACGGGAGGUGGAAGAAUCGGAGAGGGAUGAAAAAUCGGUUAAGGGGAGGAGGGCGAAGGGGGAGAGCGCGAGAAAUUUGGACGUUUCGAGGGAGGAAGGGAGAGUUAAGGAGAAAUUGAAGAGGAGAAGCGCCCCGGCCAGGAUAAUACUACAGGAGGAGAGGAGAGGUGAGAAGAAGAGUGGGGAGGAGGCGAGGAGGGAAGCGAAACAGAGGAAGGAGGAGGGGAAAUUGGAAACGAGAGGCAGCAAGACGAAAUUGGACAGAGUGUUGGUCGUGGAUGACAGCCCGUUAAAGAUUCAUAGCGUCCCUUUCGAGGUGAAGAAGUUGAUAGGGUCGGACAGUAAGGAGGAUUUGUUGACGAAGUUGGCGUUGACUUCAAGGAUCGCCACUUCCAAACGUUGCCUCAGACAGCCCGCUAAAUUCAAAUUCGAGCAGGAGAGGGGUAAAUUUCGCAGGGAUUUGGAUUUGGAAAGGGCCCAACUUGAUUCAGGAUCCGUCUCGGACGCUUCCACGAAGAAGGAGAAGUUGGACGCUAGGAGGAAGUCGUUGAGGAAAACGGACAAGAAGGAGAGGAUUAUCGGGUCUAAGGAUGAGAAAGCGUUGGAGGACAGUUGUAACGGGAUGAGAGAGGCGGUGAACGAGGCGAGACCGGCGGUCAGGGGGCGAAGGAGCAGCAGUCUGUCGAACGAGGGCAAAUCAUCGACGAGUUCCUAUCAAAUGUCCGACUGCCAAAACAAGUCGGAGCUCGAAACGGUGGACAAGAGGCAAACUAGGGGCUCGUUGUUGAAUUCCGCCGAGGGUGAAGUUCAAAACGAGCUCGUGGACGUUGGCGGGUCGACGAAGAGGAACAGUUUUGGAAAGAGGCGAGGCAGAAUUAAAUCCGGCAAUCUGGAAAUGAUCGAUAAAAAGAGCGUCGAGGCGUCAAAGAACGUGGUGGUGGAAACUGACAAGAGUAAUUCGGCCGAAGUUAUCGAUAAAGUUAAUUCGAUGGAGCAGAAUGAGGUAAACUCUGAUUGCAAAAAGGAUGUCGCGAGCGAGGAGAUUAAAGUUGUGAGGAGCAAGGAAGAAGGGGACGAGAAAGCGUUGUCCAAGGGUUGCGAGAAGGAGGAAUCGAAAGAAAUGUCUAAUUUUUCAGGGAACGGUGAGGCGAUCAAGGUGAAUGAGAAUUUAAAUUUGCAAUUGGAAACGAGUAACUCCAUGGACAGUGGUAAGGAGAACGCGUUGGAAAAGCCUGCACCCGUUCAAAAGUUGAAAGUUGGCAGGCCCAGGAAAUCGUGGGGGGUCAAGAAAGAGAGAGUUUCGAAAAGAUCUUUGAAUAACGUAAUUGGCAUUCUUACAGAAGGCAUGAACAUCCCUGCAGAGGCUCAACAAAAUGUUUUAAACGCGCAAACAACCGUGGACAACGUGGAAUCUCACGAAUCUUUUCAAAACAACGUUCAACAAUCCAGCAACGAAACCUCAAUCAAGUCGCAAAAUUUGGAUAAAAAUGUUAAAUCCUCGAGAAACACCGUUCAAGAGCCGAUGAAUAAUUUUGAUAAUCAGUUGAUCGAGAGUACAUCUCCCGUUCAGAAAGUUGCCGCUGAAAAUUUGAAGCGGGAUCCCGAGGUUCCAGAAACUUCCAUCAAGGAUUCGAACUUGGUUAAAUCAAUGGAGAAUAAUCAAAAAGUGGAAUCGUUCACCAAAGAUGCGACAGGGGAACAACCAAUGUCCCCAACCAACGAUAUCAUUUUGGAUUUGUCGAGGAGGAAGCAGAAAGGUAAAGGGUCGUUCUUAGAGAAAAUAGUUUCGAAGAUAGCCAAACAGAAAGAUGCUUUGCUCGAGGGUGAGGUUGGCUCUCUAUUGGACACCGCUGCCGACGAACUCACCAGCAUAUUGGAGGAAGUCGGGCCUGCUUUCUCAGAGGUCGGUAUCGACAAUUCAGCUGAACCGAAAGUUAAAAGUAAAACGGAGAUUCAAGAUAACAAACGAGAAAUUAUGAAAGAAUCGACUAAUUGCCAGAAUAUUUUAACACCCGAUACUUGUGAUAAGAAUUUGGAAAAUAAUGAUUCUGGUGUUAAAACUGAAGAAGAGAGGAGAAACUCGAUGGAGGAGGAACGCGUUAAAAAAUUAGAGACCAACGUUUGUGAUGCAGAAGAUGGAUUUACGAAUACUUGCAAGAAAGAAGGAAUUGCUGAUAAACGGAUAGAAACGAAAUUGCAAGAAGAAAAACAAGAAACGAGAAACGAGACAUGUUCGAGCGAGAAAGUGACUCGCCACAAUGAAAUUGUCGUACAUUCUGAUGAAAGUGAAAUUCGAUUAUCCGUUGCUGAGAACGGUUUGCAUUCUCAAGAAGUGGAAAGUUCUUCCGUGGAGAAUUUGUCGAGGCCGGGAGAGGAAUCGAUGAACGAAGAGGUGGGCGAAGAGACAAAGAUGAAAAGGAAGUCGAAAAAGAGGGGAUUAGAGAGGAAAUCGCCAAAGAAGAACAAAAGAAAGUCCACUGAGUCGGCAGAUAAUAAUACCGAGGAGAAUUUAAUUUCUGAGAAUUUGAUGACCAAUGACGUGAUGAGAUCAAUUGAAAAAUCAAAGCAAGUGCCUUCUACCAAAGAAAACAUUAAAAACGACUUAUCUACUGAAAUUAACGAAAAUAGAAUAGAAUGUUACGCGAAGAAAACUGACGCAUCCGAAACAACGGAUUCGAUGGACAAAAAGGAUAUCGAAAUACUGGAAAAUUUUUCUGAAAAUAAUAAGAAUUCUGAAGACAAGAAUUUAGAAGAACACGUAGCCACAAAUAAAGAAGAUGCCAUUACCAGUGUUGUGACGAAAAAUGAGGAAAAGAAAUCGCACGUGGAAACGUUGGAUCUGUACUCGAAAGUCGAAUUAUCAACAAGAAGAUCUUCCAAGAAACCUCAUGAGGAAGGAGAAACGAAUGAAUUUAUCGAUGGAAAAACAGAAUUGGAAUCAAUUGAUCCUCCCGUAGAGGAAAUAUCGUCGGCGAGAGGAUCAAAGAGAAAGUCUUUCAGAACGAAAUCUACGAUUCAAUCUCGAGACGAGGAGAGAAGUGAACAGGGAACCGAAACCCCCGAGACCCCUGCACCAAACUUUGUCAACGUUGAAGAAAAUCCCGAAGUGCCUUCGGAAGAGCCGUCUAAAAAUCUUGAGAUCACGAGAAACGAAGUUCCAAAUAUCGAAACAGCAACAACGUUGCAACUAUCCUCGGAGGACUUGUCCGGCCAGGAGGUGCAAUCGAAUCAGCAAGCCGAGAGCACGGAUAAUUUGUCAGAGGCGUCUUGUACGAGCGAUUUCAGUUAUUUCAGAAGGAAACGUUUCUCGAAGAAGAGGAAGGAGCUGCGCGAGCGUUCGGAAGAAGUGCAGACCGACACCUCUAUCACCGACUCGGAAUCGGAGAAGAAUACGGAGAGGAGGCAGAGUUUGAAGAGGAGGGCCAAGAAGAAUAUAUCGUUCUUCACGGAAUUCUACUUGAUGGACGAUUUCGACAUUCCAAUGGAUAUACAGGAUUGCGUGACGCGAGAGGGAGAAGACGAGAGGAAGAAGGAUGAAGAAGGCGGUCGACAAUCGUUAGAGUCUGGAUCUAAACGCGAGGAUGGAGCGGAGGAUAAAUCAUCGAUGGAGGAAAUCGAGCGUUCGAACGAAAUGGCGGAGGGCGAAAAAUCGGGAGACGAGGUUCUUGCGAAGGAAGGGAACGUGGAGUUGAUGGAAGACUCUGAUAGGUUGAUCGUUGAGGAGGAGGAAGAGGAGGAGGAGGAGGAGGACGAGGAGGAGGAGGAGGAGGAAGAAGAGGAGGAAGAAGCGAAGGAGGAUGGGGAGAAAAUGGAGGACGAGAGGUUGGUGAACAGCAGGACGGAGGAUGAUUUCCAGACGCCGAAGAAGAGAGGGGCGGGUAAUUACGUGGUUGUCCACAAGAAGACAGGUGAGAUACUGAUCGUGGAGAAGAGGAAGAAGCUGACGAAGGAGGCUGCCAAGUUCUUCUGCAAUGUUUGCACAACUAGUUUCACGAGGAAGAGCUCUCUGAAGAAGCACAACCAGUCUCAGUCUCAUUUAUUGCAAAAGUCGAAAAAGGAUAAAACGGAGAAUGGAAGCGAAAAUUCAGAGGAUCCUUGCGCCACUGGUCACAAUGAUAGCGAUGAAAAUAGAAGCGUGACCGACGAAUCAUUGAUAAAUGUUUCUUCGAAGGAGGAUGAUGCUGAAAAAGUGGCUGAAGGUACGAAUUCCAUCGUUGACCGGGUGGAAUUGGAUCACACGAAUUCCUGCUUCGCCAAUCCCUUGGAACAGGAUUCCUUGAUCACCUCUCAACCCCAUCAUCAACACAUACUCGAAGACGAACUUUUGGACGAGGAAAUCUGUAAGAUCACCGAGAACAUGAGCCACGACGAGUACGUUAUCAUGGAUCAAAUCAGCCCUGAACCGGAAUCCACGUCAACCCCUAUAAAAAUAGAAGCCAAAAACGUGGAGGAAAUUGGUAAGAAGAGAAAGUACGAAAAGAAGAAGGAGAAGAAAAGGAGUCCAAUCGAGGGACAAAUCAUUUUGGAUAGCCCUGUAUCGGAGAACCCUAAGGAAAAUUCAUCGUUGGCGCGCGUACUAGAUGCAAGCAUGUCCAUCAAAAUUGUAAAUUCUUCGCAUUUUGACGCGACAGAAUCAUCCGACGUUGCAAGUAUAUUGGAGGAUCCGCUCAAGAACCCUGUUGCGAACAAUAUGGAAUUAGCAGGAGGCAGUGUUUCAAGGAUGGAAAAGAACGAUGAUUUUCAGGAACGGUGUUUGGAUUGCGCUCGAAAAUUGGAAGAGAGGCAGGAGGAUGUGGGCAUGGGCAUAGAGGAACCACCAAUGGACAGAGAAAUGACGAAUGAAAUGGCGAAUGAUGUAUAUACGAGUAAUUAUAAAUUAGAUACCGACGAUAAGACUGAGAAUUUUUCAAAUGUUAGGUUAGACGAUAGAGACGAUAUCGAAAAGGAUCAGCCGUGCGAGCGUGUAAGUUUAAAGUUGACCAUAAAUAAACGAAGUAUAGAAGCUUGCAAAGAAAUCGAUUCCGAGAGCAGCAACAGCUUCAAGUUGAAUUACCUGAACACGUUUGAUCUCGACGACGUUGUUAAUAGCGAUUCGAAGAAAAAUUAUGAAAAUAACGCGAACAACGAAUCCUAUAAUUCGAAAACCGAAGUUGGCGGCGAAUUUGAUCGAGACUCGAGCCCUGGCUUGUCCAAAAAUUUCAAGACGAUGGACGAUGGAAAGAAGAAUUUGGAGAAUAAUCCUGAACUGGACGUUUCCAGCAACGGUUUCGAGGAAGAAAGCACAACGAUGAAUCGUGAUGAAUCGUUCCUAAGAGACGACAAGCAGAACGAACCCACAGAGAGAACGCCACGACACGGGAAGUCGAAGAAAGGUAGACCCAGGAAACACGUGCAGGAGCUGGAAAACGGGUCGAAAACGGAGUCUAAAUCUAUCGCGAAAACCUCUGGCAAAUCUAAAAUUAAUCAAAAUAAAUUCGACGAUAUCUCAAAUGACAAAAACCCGAUCGAAUCUUCGAAAACUUUCGACACCGAUGAAAGGUUCAGGUGUUCGACAUCCUCGUCGAAAUCGGAGGAGAAUAACGUCUUAAAGAACGACGAUAAAUACGAACCUGAUAGAAUUGCGGCGAAAAUCGAAUCGUCUAAACCUGAAUCAUUGGGCGAAGAAAGUACUUUCGAAGGGAAGAAGGUCGAGUCGUCGGAGGACGAUCGAAUCGAAUCUUUCCGUUCCGUGGACGACUACGACGAUGCUUCGUCUUCGUCCAGCCUUGCCGACAAACCGUUGUCGCAAGUCUUGUUGGAAAGAGAAGAGAGAUUAGAAAUGUACAAGAGACGGGGAUCUCUCCGCGAUAUUGAUACUCGUAAAACGAACGAAUGUGAUAUCGAUGAUAAUUCAUUGGACGAGUUGAACGAGAAUCGAAAAAAUGGUAAAAAGACGAAUAACGACGAAUUCCUGAGGAUCGCGUCGGACGAGGAAGCUGAAAGAAGGUUGAAAGAUUCCGAUAAGGAUUCGAAAAGUUCGUCGGAAUCGGAAAACGAAGGGAUUUCGUCGAUGGAAAACGAUAAAGAGGUUUACGAAGGGAAAGUGACGAGUCGGAAAUCGAGCAUCGAUCGUGAAAAUUCGAGCAAAAAGGCGCCAAGGAGUCGCAAAUAUUCGAACAAGGACAAUCACAAGGGAUCGAGAGGGAGGAGAUCUUGCGUAAGGAGUAAGAUCAACGAUCUUAAUAGCGAAAGCGACGAGAGCGAGGUCGAGGAUAAAAUCGAGUCGCAGAACAAGAGCAAAAUAGUGAAAAGCGUGUUUGGCAGAGUGUUUGGCAGCGGUGAAAAGCCAGACAAAGUGAAGGAAGUGUUGAACGAUUGGGUGUCCAAAUCGGAGGAUGAUUCGGAUCUCUCGAGGACCGGUUUUAGAUUCUCUAACGAAGCUAAGACCAAAGAGUCCUCCAACGACAAAAAAAGGCACACAUCGUUUACCCCUUCUAGUUCUCCCAACAAGCGUUCUGGGAAAAAGUUGAAAAAAAGUUCUUCCUCGACGGAGAGAGGCAAAGAGACAAGUCUGAUACUGGAAGAAGAAGAGGAGGAGGAAGAGGAGGAGGAGGAGGAGGAAGAGGAGGAGGAAGAAGAAGAUCAAAUGGAGCAUCGUUCUUCCAGAAAGCAUUCGAAAUCGAAGAACAACUCCAGUAACAGGAGGAAGCACGAUGUAGAUUACUUCUUGUCUUUACCAUCUACCAAAUGCAGACAAAGCAAGAAGAGGGCUGAAGAAUUAAUUUCGAGAACUUUCGAGGACGAUUACCUGGACGCCAAUUUGAUUGGCAAAAGCCAAAGAUCGUUGAAAUACAAGGAAUCGAGUUAUGGAUUGAGGAAUCAAGGCAAGCCUGACUUGAUGAUCAAGGACAGUGGCUACGGAUCCUUCAACUAUGAUGAGGAUUCCUCCAAAAUGGUUGCUUUGGAAGAGUCUGUAGAAGAUGAUCAGAAGGCCAAAAGAAGGAAAUUAUCAUGUUCCAGGAAGAGUAAAGGCAAGGGUGAAGAAGAAGCUUGGAGAGAUCUGACGAAUGAUAGGAGAAGUUUGGAGAAUACCAAGGAUUUAGACGAAGACAAGGAAGACAAUUUCGUCAAGGAUUUCCCUGAGGCAGAACCUCUGGCUGGAGGUAGACUAUCAGUUGACCUAGAUUCUUCUCGUAGUUGUAGCAGUCUGGCGCCCAGUAGCGUGAGGAAUAGAUCCCCGAGUAUGGACAGAAACUCUCAAACCACUAGAAACUCUGAUAUGAACGACGAAGAAGAUGAGAAUAUCGCCCACAGACGAAUAUCUCCUUUCUUCGUCUGCGGGACACCCAGAAGUUCCGUGGAGAGUAGCUCGAACAGUGAAAACGAAGAACAAGAUGAGACAUUAAUCGUUAACCAGGUUGCAACUAGAAAGAGAAGUUUAAGCGAGUUUUCUAGCGAGAAGAUUGUGAUCAGAUCGCCCUCUUCGAUCCACAAGAGCGAGGUCGUCACUAUAGCACCCACCGACGCCAUAGAAGACAACGCUUUGGAUGUUCCACAGGAGAUAGAGGUGGCGAAGCCUAGACAGGGCAAGGUAUUGAAUUUUGACGAGGAACUGUUUGUCGAGUGUUGCUCCAGAUUGAAAGCCACCACUGAAAACGAACUCAGAGGCGCUAAGAAGAUCAAGCUUGAUCAUAAUGAAGGUUAUCAUAAGAAGGAUGAUCAGCAUCAAGGAUUCAGAGGGCCUAAGGAUCGGUGGAGGGACGUGGAGAGUCAGAACAGUUUGGGAAGUCUAUUGGAAUCGGUAAAUCAGUUACUGGGCGAAGAGAUGUACAGCACCAGAGAAAGGGAUUACCAAAAGCAUGGCAGUAGAAAUCUAAGGAGUGAGCACUCCAGCAGAUCAGCCAGUCCUGACAUGGCCAGAGCAGAUAAUCUGGGCUACGAAGACAGUCUGGACGUUGCAUUCGAGCACAACAACAAGCUCAGAGACAAAAUUCAACAGCGCAUGAGAGAGAGCGAGAAUCUGAUAGCCAGCACGUUUGGCCAGAAGAGCAAUAACGAGUUGAUACGGGGUGAACGAGGCUUUUCUAAGAAGAAUGAAUUGGAUAUCACGAAAAAUUCGUAUUCUGCUAGUCUGCAAGAUCAAGGACACAUGACUGGUUCGAAUCUGUCGGAUGGAGACUACAAUCCUUUGCACAGUAGAGACCCGCAAGAGGAGCACAACGAUAGAAAAAUGAAUGUGGAAUCUUCAGGGCUCAAGGGUAAAAUGAACUCUUCAUUAGGUGGUUUACUGGACAAAGCAUUAUCUAACUUAUGGCACAGCAAUGAAAAACAUGAUCACAAUGGAUCCACGCCAAUGAAGGUUUUAGCCGAACUAGCAUGUGCUCGUGUCCCAACAUCCACAGCUGAGGAUCCAGUUUCCAAAGAAGUGAUUCAACCUACGAAGAUUUCUUUGACCAAGGAUUCAGUUCCUGAACCAAACUCUAUAACCAUGUCCAAAGACUUACAGAAGAAAUCUAGGAAUCCUAUCAAAGAACUUUUCGAGAGGAAAAAAGAAAUAAACGAGAGGAAACAACAAGAGAAGUCAAAAACAGAUGCAGCUCUUCGAGAAAUAAAUAUACACAAACAACGCAAAACCAAAAAGACAAAGAAACAUCAGGAUUUUCCUUUGAUCCGCCGUAAUGAACACGGAGGUCUGGUUGAAAGGAAAAAACGUCGUGAUGGAUUUGAGAGGAAAGAAGAAUUUGUCUCGGAUAAGAUCAAGGAUAUUUAUGAAUUUGACGAGGAAGAAAGUCAAAUAGAAACUAAUCUGGGUAGUGUCAUGUCUUACAGGAGUAAGCCAGGAUAUGAAAUAAAUUGUUUGAAAACCAAAGAAAUAGAUAUGACUGGCUUAAUGUCCAAGACUAUCGGAGAUAAUCUAGAAAAUGCAAAAACUGAUGAUGUUUUAAAUGACAGAUUAGAAUCUGUGAUUGAUAAAAAGUUCAAGAAACUGGAAAAGUUUGCUCCAAAAACGAAGGGCGCUUUGAAAUCUUUCCAGAGUGAGGAUCAACAACAACAGAUUACUGGACCUAUGGAUGAAUUUGUAGAAAGAAAGCAAUCAAAAGGUAAAAGAUCUGUAGAGCAAUCUCUGAAACAUUCGAAAUUGAAGAAACGUAACAAAAAUUCUAAAAAAAAGACUAGGAAUGCAUGGUAUGAAAAUGAUAGCUCUGAUGAAUACAGAACUGCUAUAAAAGCUGAAGAUAUUGGUGUAGGUAUUUCAAAGAGUCAAAGAACAUGUUCGAAAGGGAAACAAAAUAUUUUUGCAGAAUUAUACACUUCAUCUGAAAGUGAAUUUGAGGACGAGGAAACGGACUAUGAAUCGAGAAAACAGAGAAGAGUGAAAAAGAGCAAUAAGAAAAUAACUGAAUUAGAAAAUGUGGAACAAAGUCAGGAAUCGAUUAAUAAAUAUCAAAUCUCUUCCGAAGACGAAGAUCAUGUUGAUAAUUGGAGGGAUGAAAAUUCGAAGAAUGAUAUCUCUAAGCAUGAUUGUGAUAACAAAAAAUCUGAGUCAGAAAUGUCAGAUCAUCCUUUGGUUAUCGAUGAGAGGAAAGAUAUAGAUGAACAAAGGAAUAGCGAUGAUGAAACUGAAAAUCAAUACGAGAGGAACUUUGAAAUGGAUGAUCUAUAUAGAGAAGACAGUUCCGUUGUUGAUUCAGAAGAGGAAGAUUCAGCUCCUCUCACUGAGUUAUCAAAAGAUCCAGAAGAGUUCAGAUCGAAUGGUCCAAACCUACCAGAAGAAAAUACUGAUACUAAGAAAGAUUACAUACAGGAAAAUGAAUUGAUUCCACUUGAGGAAGCCUUAGAUCUUCUAGAUCAAGCUGAUAAUGGAAAUUCUGUAGGAACAAAAUAUGAUAAUGUAAACAAAACUGGUAAAUCUAUUGAACACGUGAACUCAAUGGUAACAACAGAACCUGAAAAUGAAACGUUUAAUCCUAAUAAAGAAGUAGCAAAAUCUCCUGUUUCUAUAGAUGUACAGGAGGAAGAACCUGACAAUGAACUCCUAGUCUUACCUGAAAAAUUAUCGAGCAAUGAAAAACCGCAAAAGGAAUCUGAAAAUCUUCCAUUACAUGUAUUUUUAAGUAGAAAAGUGCAAGAAUCAAAGAAGAGAAAAGAACAACAACUGAAGAAAAUGCAAGAAGAACAAGAAAGGAUAUUAAUGGAUUUCCAGCCUACUAGAAGACAGAGAAAAUGUGCUAUUGGCAAACAAGGAUUGUUGGCAGAGAUUAGUAGCUCUGAUGAAGAAAUGAAUUCAAAAGAUAAAAAAGUAAAUGAUAAAUCAGAUCAUGAUAAACCGCGAAAACAAAAGAGAGAAUCAAAGGAAAAGAGGAAAGAAAGAUAUAUAGAAAAAAAACACGAACAAAUGAUAGCUAAGGAACAAAAGGCUAUCGAGGAGGAAAUUCUGCGAGAAGUUGGGAAGAAAAAAGAGUCUCUUGCACAAAGUGUUGCAGAUGCAAAGACAGAUAUUAAUAGUACUAAGGAAUCAGAGAAUACGGAAUCAAUAGAAAACAUAAUAGUACAAGAAUUAUCACAAAAGAAAAAAACUAAGGAAAAACAAAAAAAGCAAAAUAAGACAGACGAAGAUUUUUAUGUUAAGAAUAAUCAUGAAGGAUUGAGCGAUUUAGAGAACAAUUGCAAUAAGUUUAUUUCCAUAGAGAGCAAUCACGAGAAUGAAAAUAAUCAGCAAACUCCUGUGAAGCAAAAAAAGCACUCUAAGUCUUUGACAAAGCCAAAAAAGACUACGAAAUUAGAUCAAAAAAUGACAACAGGUAAAAAGAACAAGAAUACGAAUUCUGAAAGAAGGAAUAGGACAGAUUCAAAAGGAUCAAAGGAUAAGGAACGUAGGUCUUCUAGUGGCAAACGAGAUUCUGGCGAUGAAGAAUUGAAGACGACAAAAUCUUGGAAUAAAGUCGAAGAAGGAGUUGGAGUGGCUAUUGGCCGACGAAAAAGAGCAGCUGCUAAUCAGUUAUAUUAUUGGUCGAGCUCCAGUGACGAAGAGGAAAUGCUCGAAAUAAUCCCUACAGUUGAAGAGGAAGAAGAUGAUCGUCAAGAGCAACACGGUUGGAUCGUUGGCGAUUCUCAUAAAAGAAUGAUUACGAUGCUUGCUAUGGAAAAGCAGCUAAAGGAGAAACGACGGAGAAGCGAGGAAGAAUUUGAAUCUGGCAAAACGAAGAGUAAAAAGCAUAGAAACAGCACCUCUUGAUACGUGUUUCACGAUUAGAUUCGUAUUAAAUUAUUAGAAUCAAACUUGAAUAAUAGACACUUUUGUGGCUAGAUUUCUCUGACUGGAAAUGUGUCGAGGAAUAUAGUUCCUUUUUGAAUGUCAGGCUCAAAGUUAUGAAAUUUGAAAUAAGAACUGCGAUUCUUAAUACAUAUUUUAUAAAUAGGAUCAUCUGAGGAAUUAGAACAAGUGAUUGAAUACAAAUAUGUUAUGUCAGACAUAACAGACUUAAGUCAACUGUAAUUUUUAAAGAAAGAGAAAGAGAUAUAUAUAUAUAUAGAAAAGAAGAACAAGAAGAAAGGAGAAACAUAUAAGCAGCAACUUUUGAUACAUAUUUCAGGACUUAGGUUUUUCCAACUAGAAAUGCUCUGAAGAGUCACAUCAUUCUUUUUUCUAAAGAUAAAACUGGAUUUCUUAAUAACAUACAAAAUUACAGUCGAAAAAAAGUGGACUUUUCUAAGGAAAAAUAGUGUAACCGGAUUUUUUGAUACUAGUCUUAGGCUCGCGAAGAUAAACAAAAAUGGUUAGGUUUAUUAAGGUAGCUAAAGGAACAUGUUAGAUAAUAAUGAAAAUCUAAGCCAGCAAUUUUUUUUCAUUACAAAGACAAUGAACCGAAAGAACAGUCUGUAAAAUUAGAUCACAAGAAAAAAUAUAAAAAUUUA